AUGGUCGCACUUGGAAUGGCUCGAUGCGUCGCGGUCGCGUUAGCGGUUCAGAAUAGAAUUAGCCAGCUUUAAAAAUUUUGAAACUAGUAAAGAGUCAUUCCAAAUGCGACCAUGAGAUUCAAACUUAGGGAUAACUGAGUUUAUAUUGAAAAUAUUCAAAAACGUCGCAUUUGGAAUGGCUCAACGUGUCGCGGUCGCGUUAGCGGUCAAAAAUAACCUUUUUAAAAAUUUUAAGCACUUUAGAGAGAGUUUUCCUAGUCAGGAGCCAUUCCAAAUGCGACCAUAACCUUCAGUUCAUUUCUAAAUGUCCUUGUGAUGAAUAUAUUAUACAUGGUCGCAUUUGGAAUGGCUCAAUAUGGUCGUGAUUUUCACUUUUCUUUCCCUUUUUGACCAUCAUCCGACCUCGAUAUUCAAAUAAGCGGCGAUUUUUUGCAUUUUUGACCUUUUUCGGGCCUGACUCGGCGGCCAUAAAUCGCUCAGUACUUUUUCGUCCUCGGUUUCUCUUUUUUUUUCCGCCGUGAACCAUCUGCCCCUGUUUUCAAACGGCCCGUGCACUUUUUCAUGCGCAAAAGGACAAGGUUUUUCCUUUUUUUCUGCCAUUUUUUUGUUGAAAAUAUGGAUUUUUUUCAGAUCUUUUUCAAAAAAAUCUGUAAAUUCCUCGAAAAAAAUUCUUGAAAAUAUGGAAUUUGUCAAAUAUUUAUUAGAAAAAAAUUCCUCGAAAAAAAUUCUUAUAUUUUUUUCAAAAUUUUUGUAUGAAACAAAGGCAGGAAAUUCUUGAAAAAGUUCGAUUUUUUUGGCCAAUUUUUUUAUGGUUUUCUAGGUUUUUGUGGGGGUGGGGGGCUGUGAAAGAAGAAUCAAAAAAACUCAUCAAAAAAAUUUUAUUUUUUUGGACUUUUUGGCCAAUUUUUUUGGUUGGUUUUUUAGGUUUUUGGGGCUAAAAAAAUUCGGCAUUUUUUUCAGAAAUUUUUGUUAUAAAAAUUUAUUUUUUUAGAGAAUUUUAUGGAUUUAGAUGUUGAAUCAACAGUUAUUUCGAAAAAAAUUCUCGUUUUUUUACAAAACUUAUGUGAAAGAAUGGCAGAAAAAAUCUUCAAAAGUUCGGUUUUUUGAGAAUUUUCACGGAUUUUCGGCCCAUUUUUUUGUUGAUGACUAGGUUUUGGGGCUGAAAAUAUGACGCUGGCUAGUUAUUUUUCAGAAAAAACUGUGAAUUCUCCAAAAAAUUCUCAUUUUUCAGAAGUUCUGGGAAAGAAAAGUAAUGAAUACCCCGAAAAAAUUCAUUUUUAUGGAUUUGGACCUUUUUUAGCCCAGUUUUUGUGGGUUACUAGGUUUUUGAUGCUGAAAAUGAAGCAAUUUUUUGAAAAUUCAAAGAAAAAAGUCUAAAUUUUCUUCAAAAAAGUUCAAAAAUAUGUAGAGAAAACCGGUAGAUUUUUCCAAAAAAAUGACAUUUUUUUCGGGUUUUUCAGCGAUUUUUUUACGUUAUAAAUUUGUCAUUUUACGGUUUUUUUCAUGGCCCCUGAUUCAUCAGAAUCAUCCAAAAAGUGCCCUUUACCCAUUUUUAUACUGUCUGUAGUCAACUAGGAAAACAAAAAUCAAGUGCAGCCGACCUUUUCGAACGGGAAAUGUUAUUCUUGGGUUACGGUAGCAUUUUUCGGGGGGUGUUUGCGGAGUUUUUCGAGUAGUGUAGGGUGUGGGGUGUUCUUCGGACCUUUGGGAGAACUGAAAGGUUCGCACUUUUGAGGAGGGCAAGUUUUUUUGAUUGGGGGGAACAUUUAUGGUAGAUUUAAGUUAAAAAAAUUCGAUUAUUUCACGGAUAAGUGUGAUUGGAAGGUCAGAAAAUGGCUAAGAAGCUCUAAUUUUCAAAUAUCUUCUAAUAUCCUUUUUUUAAAGUCCGUUUUUUUCAUAACCGCCCGCACUUUAAAGAUUUUUCAAUGAGUUGUUCAAAAAAAUUCGGAUUCUGAGGAGGUUUUCUUCUAAUAGAAGCCUUUUUCAAAACAAAAAAAGAGGUUAUCAUAAUAUUUUUAUUUUAUGGCCAGGCUCUGGAACCCUACAGGGACCACUUGGAUUUCACCCCUAUAGUGGUUUCUUUUCUCGCUCUUACCCCUAUAGGGACCACUCUGGCGUUCUUAACAAAUUCAUCGAGAUUUUUGAAAAAUAGACUAUUUUUUCCGGAUUUCUUGAAACUUGCCUGUGACCUGAGAGGCCUGAGAAGUUACAAAAAUGUACCUGGCCGCAUUUGGAAUGGAUCAAAGCGUCGCGGUCGCGUCGCGGCUCGAGAGAGAUGGAAGGAAACAGUAAUUUAAACGUCCCUGCAAAAAAAAAAGUCGUUUCGUCGCCUCUUUUGCAUCUCGAAAGUGCGGCCGCCCUUGACCGUUUGAAACGAAACGACGAAAAAGUGUAGGCCGACAUGUUGACGAACGGAAAAAGUGCACACCGAGUCGUCUUGUUGCGGACCAAAUGACCUUUCUUACCGUAAUCCGCAGAGAAAUAUUUUUUUUCGGAUUUUGGAUCUUUUUGACAGUUUUUUUCAUAGUUUGAUCAUCAUUUAAACACUGUGGUCGCAUUGGGAAUGGCUCAAAAUGGUAAAGAAGGAAUUUGAGUCACAGGAGACUAACAUGAGCAAUAUUAAGUCAUUAUGAGCACUUUGAAGGUUUAUAGAGAUUUCUCACUUAUCAAACUGCAUAGAAGUCAAAUGAUGGCUCAAAAUUUUCACCUGGACUCGAACCUUUGACCCUUCCCACCUCAAUCUAGACACUUACCGGCUGCUCCAUCAUUUUCCUUUUUUUCAAAUGUUUAUUUUCAGUGCGUCCGGACAUUCACGGAGAAAGGAGCCCACCACAUAUGGAACUGCGACGAUUUGCUGCCGGCUUUCAUGUCAGUUUCAGCUUUUUAUUGGGUUACUGUAAAACUUGAAAGAUUACUGUAGAUAACUUGGUUACGGUAUCCCCUUUUUUCUGGAUUUUCUGACCGUUGUUGUGGGAUUUUAAGUAGAAGCACGUUGAAAUUUAGAAAGUCUGCGUUACGGUAACGAUCCUAAGGAUUACUGUAGGAAUGGGAAAUACUACUGUAGAAGGCUUGAUUACGGUACCACCUCUUUCUGUAGUUUUGAGCGAUUUCGUGGACUUUUAAUAAAACUACGCUAAAAUGUAGGAAGAAUGGGUUACGGUAACGAUCUUGAAGAUUACUGUAGGAAUGGGAAAUACUACUGUAGAAGGCUUGAUUACGGUACCACCUCUUUCUGUAGUUUUGAGCGAUUUCGUGGACUUUUAAUAAAACUACGCUAAAAUGUAGGAAGGUUGGGUUACGGUAACGAUCUCAGUGUACUGUAGAAGUAAAAAGUAUUACUGUGGAGGGCUUGGUUACGGUAGCUUUUUUUUUCUGAGCUUUUUGAGCAUUAUGAGCGUCUUUGAUUAGAAGUGAAAGUAGAAAUAUUGGGUUACGGUAAAAAAAUUUUGGAUUACUGUAGUUUACAAGGAUACGGUAUAUAUAUUUUUUUUUUGGCGAAAUGACGAUAAUUUGUGCUAGAACUUCUGUUUACGUAUGAAAGUUUGAGAAACCGGGUAUUAGUGUAUUAGAAGGGUUACGGUACGAUUUUUUGAAGGUUACUGUAGCUCAGAAGACCAGGAUUCACUGUGUGAAGUUCUACGAGAGGGUUGAAUUUUUUUUUUCUCUCCAGUUCCUGAUUCAAAGGUUCUAAGAAACAUUGAAGUGAACUAUUGUUUAUGGAGUAUUUUGCAAUUUCGGUUACCGUACCCCUUUGCCAAUCAUUCAAUGAACCUCUCAAAACGAAGAAAAUCUGUUUUGAGGGCAAAUUUCAGCAGAGUGAGACGAGAAAAUGCAUGCACUUUCAAGGUUUGCACUGGAAAAGUUUGUUUUUCGAGGAAAAUUUCUGAUUUUUUUAAUUUUUAGAGAUGAUUGGACUGUAUUAUGGGAAAUGAGGACUUUGAAAAAAAUUCUAGGGCAAGAAAUUUUAUCUGAAAUAUUUUUUUUACAGACAAAAAUCAAGGAAAAUUGGAAUUCCUUCGGAAAAAAUAGAAAAAAAAAAGAUUUUUCAACAUUUUCGCUAGUUUUUGAAUUUGUAAAGGUUCAGAAAAAUCGAUUUUUUUUGAAUUUCAGUACUUUUAUCGUAAUUUUAAAAGAUCAGGUUACGGUAUUGACCGUCUGAAUUACUGUAGUUUACGAGGAUACGGUAUAUUUUUUUUUUGCAAAAAUGACAUCAAAUUUUUCUGACUUGCUAGAAUUUCUGUUUACGUAGGAAAGUUUGAGAAACCUUUACGGGUUACGGUAGGAUUUUUUUAAAGGUUAUUGUAGCUUCCUCUGAAUAAGGGUUACUGUAGCUUCCAAUUUCAAGGAAAUUUAAUUUUUUUAUUAAAAUACAUUUUUUUGACGUUUCACUAGUCUUUUUUUGAAUAGAAAUUUCGAAAAAAAUUUAAAGUUUUUUUCGAACUUUUUAAAAAAAUGAGCCUUUUUUUCAGUAUUUUUGCACCAAAUUUUUGUGUUUUUUUAUGGACUAAGAAGCCUUUUUGGAUUGAUAUGAGUUUUUAUUUUUUUAGAAAAAUUAUUAUUUUUUUCAAUAAUAAUUCAUCGUUCCACAGGGUAAAACGAACAAGAAUCAAUUUUUAAAAAUUUUUUUAUUAUUAUUUAAUAAAACGCCAUAUUGAAUUUGUAUCGAAGCAGUAACGGGAAUGUGUUUUUAUCAACUUUUUUUGAAAUUAUUGUACCCCCUUUUUUUCAGACUUGAAAGCGUAUUGAGAUUAGGCACAAAUAUUAAAUCUGGAUGAUAUUUAUAAAGUGCGCCCGACCUAAGGCGACUUUUGAUAUGAGAUAAAGGAUGCAACUCGGCGCAAGUAGGUUUUAGUCGGAUAAGCUGGAAAAAUAUUGUUUUUAAGGUAGCCGCACCGCGACCGCGACGCAUUGGGAAAUAAGGCCUUAAUUGAAUAAAUAAGUUCUUCUUGAGGUAAAUGCUUUGUAGAUACUCAUACUCUCAAAAUUUCUAAUUUUUCACAAAAGAUUAUGGUUACAGUACUCCUUGAGGUAGAAAAUAAAGAUUUUGGAAAUCUCAACUUGCAUUUUUCCUAGAAAAUCACAAGAACACCAAAGUGGUCCCUUGAAGGUUCCGUUCUAGGGACCACUUUACCUCUGUCUAUAGGGGGCACUCAAGCUUGCCAAAGUGGUCCCUCUAGGGGUUUGAAUUACCUUAUAAGGGUGCUUACUAGUCGCUUUUGUUAUGGAAGCAGUUUCAUGCGAGAGACUGAAGACCCUGAACCCCUAAGGGCCCGCUUUUUUGGCCCCUAUAGGGGUUGUUUGUUUUCCUAACCCCUUUAGGGGCCACUCUGUCGUUCGUGAGUUAGUCUUUUUCUGUAAAAUGGUCAUUUUGACAGGUGGAGACUUUUCAGGAGCUUUUUUUGAUUCUUCGGUGAAUUUUUUGGUGACUUCCUUAAAAGGGGAUUUUUUUCUUGAUGACCGUUUUUGAUGGUUUUCAAGCUCCCAGAAUUUCACUUUGAGGUUGGGAUUUUCCUGAAAAAUGGCCAGAACACUCCUUGAUACACCAGAAGAAGAUCUUCUAAAAGUCUCAAACUGCAAAAAUUCCUAGUUUCCGAGAAAUAAGGACUCCCAGUGGCCUUUUAAGGGGUUUUUGCCUUUGAGGUGUCCUUUCUCGAAAACUAGGAAGUUGUGCAGGUUGAGACUUCCAGAAUAUCCUUCUGGUACACCAAGGAAUGUUCUAACCAUAUUUCAGGAAAAUCCCAACCGCAAAUUGGUAAGACCUCCCUUGUUAUGAACUUCAGAGAAGUCCCUAUAGGGCGCUCUAGGGACCACUUCACCCCAACCCCUAUAGGGGCCACUAAUGCUUCCGAAAAGCUCUGAAAGAUCUUCAGAAGUAUAACUCGAGCGUAUCUAUAAAAGGCGAUAGAAAAAAGGAGUGGAUUAUGGGCGGCGGCCAGAUGUUGACAUCAACGUACUUUUAGUUCGGGCUGGUUGUUUCUCGCCGAACUUCCUGAGAUUCGAAGUGCGAGCACCGAGCAGAAAGACCGCAAUUUGUUUGACUUGUUUUCCCGACCUUUUUUGGCACUUUUCCAGUGCACAAUCGACUACGGUGGAUCGCUUCGGGGCCCUUUUUGCGUUUUGAAAUGAAUCGAGGGGUUUUUGGCUUUAUAGUGAGGUUAUUUUUGAGUUUUUCAUAUGAAGAUUGGGCUGUUGAAUCGGGUGGAUUCUAAGAUUACGGUAGAUCGCUUCGAGACCUUUUUGCGGUGUGGAAUCUUGAGAUUUUUGAGUUUAUAGUUGGAUUUUUUACUUGAAAAAAGAUUUUUCGAGCUGAUAGAUGUUCAAAGAAAGUUUUGUGAUCGGAUAGGGUGGAUUUUAAGAUUACGGUAGAUCGCUUCGAGACCUUUUUGCGGUGUCGUUUUGAGAGGUAUCUAGAGAUUUUUGGGUUUAAAAUGGAUUUUUGACCCGAGAGACGGGUUUUUCGAGCUGAUGGAUAUUCAAAGAAGGUUUUCUGGCCUGAUCGAGUGGAUUUUAAGAUUACGGUAGAUCGUUUCGAGACCUUUUUGCGGGGUCGUUUUGAGGGGAAUCUUGAUAUUUUUGGGUUUAAAAUGGGUUUUUGACUCGAGAGACGGAUUUUUCAAGUUGUUGGAUAUUCAAAGAAGGUUUUUUUGUCGGAUAGGGUGAACUUUUUAAGGUUACGGUGGAUCGUUUCAAGACCAUUUUGCGAUUCAUUCGAGUUCGAAAUCGAAUUUUGGUUUGACCAAAAUGAUUCGUUUAUACUUGGACACCGGUAACGCAAAAUGGACGUGCUCCGGACGUCUCUGGGCAGGCCUAGGGAUCACUAAAGGGUGCUGAUUCUACUAAAGUAGCCACUACAAAUGUCUCGACACGUCCGAUUCGCGUUACCAAGGUCCGAGUAAUUAUUCUCAAAUCGUGACUUUUAUCUUUCCAGUAUUUUUUUUUUGGGGACUGUACUAUUUUCAAACUUCAGUGAAAGAGGAAACUUUUUUUGAAGUUGUUAAAGAGAUUAUCAACCCUUAAGUGGCCACUUUGUCGAGCCUUGGUACCCCUAUAGAAGGAGGUCAAGUGGUCCCUAGAAUGUAAACUUUAAUCGCCCUCAAGACUGCCCCUCUAGGGACUACUCAGGCAUUGCUAAGGAUGUUCAAAGGGACGACACAGUGACAGAUGAGUCACUCUUUCCAGGCUCAGCUUUUCUUAAUUUUUGGCUACAGUAAGAUCCUACAGUAUCCCGAAACGACCAGUGCAAUGUCCUUUUGAGGUCUGAAAGUGCAAAAUGGCUUUUUACAGUGAUACUCUACGGUAGGACACAGUAGAUGAAAUCUCUUUUUUGGGCUUAGCUUCGUAAAUUUCCUGGCUACAGUAAGAUCCUACGGUAUCCAAAAAUGUCACCUUGAGGUCUGAAAGGGCAAAAUGGCUCUUUACAGUAGGCCUCUACGGUAAGAUACAGUAUAUGGAACCCCCUUUUCGCUUUCCUAUUUUUCGGGCUACAGUAAGACCCUACAGUAUUCGAAAAUGACCGGUGCAAUGUCCUUUCAAGGUCUGUAAGGGCGCUGUUGCUUUUUACAGUAGUCCUUCACGGUAACAUACAGUAGAUGGUACCCCAUUUUGCUUCGCUGUUCUUCGGGCUACAGUAAGACCUUACGGUGUCCGAAAAUGUCCCAUUGAGGUCUGAAAGUGCAAAAUGGCUUUUUACAGUACUCCUCUACGGUAUCAUACAGUAGAUGGUACCCCAUUUUGCUUCGCUGUUUUUCGGGCUACAGUAAGACCCUACGGUCACCCGAAAUGACCAGUGCAGUGACCUGAAAGUGCGUGGCUUCAGAAUUCCUCGUAAACGGGCCGGGCGGACGAAAAGAGGUCCUCCCGUUGAACAGAAGCACUAAAAACAACGUUUGGGGUGCCCUCCCGACGGAUUGGUUUGCUGUCCUUGGGUUCUACUUUGCGGACGGACGGACCCACGCCCGGCGACGUUUUUUGUUCUAGUCGAGUGGUUGGAGAGGCUUUCAAGGAGUUUUAUAAGUUAACAUGAUAUUUGUCAUCAGAAGGAGUUUUUAUGUGGAAGGUGAAGUGAUGGAGCUUGAAACGCUUUAAAAAAUAAUCUUAGCCUUUUUUUCGAACAAUUUUUGCAAUAAUGGCAAAAACGGCAUGAGGAGUCGAACCCAAAAGUCUGUGGUCCAAAAAAGAAAAAAAGAAAAAAAAUAUUUACCCAAAAAAAAAAUUAGAAAAGACGUUUUUAGAGAUUCAAUGAAAACCAUUCUGCAAAAAAAAGGCAAAAACGGCAUAAGGAGUCGAACCAGGGAGUCUCUGACCUCAAAAAAUGGAAUUGUUAAGACUUUCCUCAGUGUCAGUUUGAAGAAGUUAAGCAAUUUGUCAAAAGGUGGAAGUAAAAAAUGGCAAAAACGGCAUGAGGAGCCAAACCAGAUAGUCUCUGAUCUGGUUCAAAAAGAAAAAAUAAAAAAGAGUUUCCUCCGGAAGUUUCGAAGAAGAGAAAAGUUAAGAAUUUUAUCGGGGAGUUAAAGUUGGAAACGGCAAAAACGGCGCGGGGAGUCGAACCAAGAAGUCCAUGAUCCAAAAAAAAGUGGAAAAAAAAUAAUUAGUUCAUCGUUUUUAUACAGAAAAGGAGGUGAUAUUCAUCAAAAAGUUAGUUGAAAAGGGCAAAAACGGCAUAAGGAGUCGAACCAGGGAGUCCCUGAUAAAAAGUAGAUUAGUUUGACUUUUUUUAUACAAAGAUAGUGUGGAGAUCCAUGAAAAAGUUGCGUUGGAAAUGGCAAAAACGGGAUGAGGAGUCGAACCAGGAAGCCUCUGACCCUCGAUAAAUAUAUUUCAGGGCAACGAAAAAUACAUUUUUAUCGAUUUUCCCCGAAAGAAAGCAAAAAUUUGGUAAAACUGUGGAAUUUUGGACCGAGCGGGAGCGAUCCAGCAACCCUUUUUCUCAUAUGCAAUCUCCUAAACCACUGAGCCAACUGUCGAUUUCCAGGUACGUCGUGAUUCGUGCGCAAAUCAAGCAUCUGGGCGCUGAAAUCGAGAUUAUCGACCAUUUUACGAGGAAUUUCCGGACCCAUCUUCAGACGGAUAUGAUGGUGAGCAAGUAUUGAGUAAUAUGAGCAAUAGAAGGGUGUUAUGAGGAUAAUUCCAACUUGAUUUUUUUGAGAUGAACUAUUUUGGAAAAGUGGGGGUUUUUGAUCUUAAAAAGGAUUUUACUUGAUAAAAUGACGAAUAUCUGGCUAACAUGAGCAAUAAUAAGCAAUAUUCUGUUCACAGGUUUGACGUUUUUGAGAAAAUUUUGACUUUUCGGGAUUCACUUGCAAAAAUGAUGAGUUUCUGGCAAGCAUGAGCAAUAAUAAGCAAUUUUCAGUUCACGAUGCUACACUCGGCCUACAUACAGAUCUGUCGUGAGAAAAGUUUGGUUUGA